AUGGGCGUUGAAGUGUAUUUUGCCAAUGGAGUUCGCAAUCUUAGACCAUACUACCAUGGAAGAGCAUCUUUCGCCAAAGGAAGGUGGUUUAAACGUACUUUACUAGAGGUGCUGCUAAAUGAAUUUAAUGCAGAGUCAAAAGAGGAAUACGUCGAGGGAAUACGAGGUGGAAAAUACAGAAUUAUUCGAGAAGGGAGAGCUCUUGAUCCUGAGGAGGUUCUCAUCUCACCGAUCCGGAAUAGCGAUGUAAUCGAGACGAAUUCGCAUAAGCAUGAACCACCAGUCAAGCAAUGGUGUGAUGCUGAGGUGGAUAUACCUGGAGAGAAAGUUGCCGGUAUAGACAUAGUCUAUGAGGAUGAGAGUUUACUCGUCCUUGACAAGCCUAAUGGUAUACCUAUACAUCCGACAGGAAUGUUUUAUCAAAAUACGCUGACGGAGAUACUCAAGAGUCGAGGCAAAGAGGCAAGACCCUGCUAUCGGUUAGAUAAGGUCACAUCAGGUCUUUUGAUAAUGGGUAAGACUAAAGCCAUAGCUAAUGAGAUACAAGCCAAGAUAAGAUCUCGGGACAUGAAUAAGAUUUAUCUAGCCAGGGUUAGCGGCAAAUUCCCCGGAUAUAACCGCUUGACAAACGAAGCUUGUGGGCAGCUUCCAAGGCCGUUCGAAAACCAGGAGUUGAACACCGUGGUAGAAUCUGCCACAUACACGAUUGAACUGAAAAAAUCGUUUCCCGCGGGUCUCUCUGUACCGAAACAGGCCAUCACCAGUUUCUGCCCUCUCAGGUAUUUUGCGAAUCUUGACCAAACUCUGGUCGCUUGCAAGCCUCUGACUGGAAGAACGCACCAGAUUAGGAUACAUCUAGCACGAUUAGGCUUUCCUAUUGUGAACGAUCCUUUCUACAACCUUGCUAACACCAAGUACCCACUUCGGUCGAAAUUUAUUCUCGACAUUGAAGAUUGGGAGAACAGCUCUCUAACAAUCGAAGACCUGCGCAAGCAUUUCAAUCGCUUCGAUCAGGAGUGCGAUGAGGUUCAAGCGAAACAAAGAAGCACGCAGGCACAUUUAAUAUGUAAGGAAUGUGGGUCCAUUGAAGCAGAGACACCACCUCUCAAAGAACUGGAAUUAUGGUUACACGCAUGGAAGUAUUCGGACUCGCAGAAAACCAUCGCUUUUGAGACAAAAGCGCCUUCAUGGACCGAGGAGGAUUGUGGAAUAGUUUUGUAA